AGGUCCACCAAGGUUAGACAGCAGAAGUCAAAGAAACGGCGUGCCAAUUCCAGUGGUUUGCCACGCGGCAAAACCUGAUAGGAUAAAGCGUCGUGGCUGCACAAGGGGUUUCUGGUACCCAUCGGAGAUUGCACCAAAACAUUUUUGGUGCAAGUCUCAACCUUUUUUUCUGUUCGGAAUUUGCAUUGAACAAAGCAAGAAACCAAGAGAAGAAUGAAGAAGAUGUGGGUUUGGCAUCAUCCAUUGUUUCUUCUGUACAUUCUUUGUGGCCUCUGUUUUUCUCUGCAGUUCACAAGGGUUUAUGCAGAUUCAAGUGCUGGAAGAAUUUUGAAUCAGGUGGAUGGUGAUCAUCAAAUACAUUGCUCUAGAGAAAGAAGUAGAACAGCUUGGAAGAUCAUUCAGGAGUAUUUGAUGCCCUUUGUGGAGAAAGAAAAAUAUCAUAUCCCAAAACGGUGUAGGUUUCACCCUGACAAUGACAUAUACAGAGAUCAGGAGCAGCACAAGUUUCAUAUAGAUAUAAAUGAAUGGCAAUGUGGGUACUGUAAGAAAAGUUUCUAUGAAGAGAAACAUCUUGAUCAGCAUUUUGACAACAGACACUCCAAUUUGCUUAAUUUGAAUGAAAGCCAGUGCUUAGCAGAUGUAUGUGGUGCACUGCACUGUGACCAUGAAGUGAAUUCUGGUUCAAAAAAAUCAAAGUGCAAUCCUGCCGCUGCUGCUAGAAAUAAACAUCUAUGUGAGAGCUUAGCCGACAGUUGUUUUCCAAUUAAUGAGGGUCCUGUGGCAAGCCGACUUCAUGAAUUGUUUUUGCACCAAUUCUGUGAGGCACACAGCUGCAUUGGAAGUAGGCAACCUUUCUCAAGAGGGCGCAGGAAGAAGACAAAUGUGUUCUACAUCUUUGUGUCUAUUUUGCUUGUGAUACUACUGCUACUAUACUAUCUCUACGUUUACUUAUAUCAGAGAGGAAUGAAAAAGGAAACCCAAGUGCUGAAGCGCAUCUCACAAACCGGUAGAAAGAAAAAGCCGUCCUAAUUGAUUGUUUUUUCCACAAAGAAGUUCUCAAUCAACAUUUUCAAAAAGUGAAGGAGUCACUGAUGGAUACAGUGUAAAGUGCACUUGACUCCGACCUACAUUUUCAGAGAGCAAAAGUGUAACUGAUGGAUAAAGUAUAAACUGCUCUUGAAAUCCAGUUUAUACCAAUCUGCUAUUUGACCUCUGUGUUUUGCUAAUCUGUAAGCCAGAUUCUUGUACACUUUCUGAACACAAAAUGGGGCAGCAUGGCUCAGUCUGCCUUGCAUGGCUACUUGCAUUUGAUUGUGCGUUACAACACUAACGAAAGGAAUAACAUGAACCCAGAAUGUAUUCUUAUUUUGUUUUCUGACUUGAUUGGAAUUUAUAGUGCAAACCUUUAUUCAUCA